AUUUCCUUUGCCUCUCAAUACACAACACCUCGUCCUCCCAACAUGACAAUCCUCCUAACGCAAAACCUGGGCAAGAUCCGAGGCAGAGAUGGCAGCAACGUGACUCAAUUCCUGGGCAUCAAAUACGCCACUCUGAAGGACAGACUCGCGGACGCCCAGCUGAUCGAAAUCCGCGAAGGGGAUGUGCUCGAUGCGACCACCGACGGCCCGACUGCACUCUCGCCGCCAUUCGGCUGCGAUUUAGAGCAAAGCAUCAUCCAGCAUACAUUGCCCAAGAAACCCCCUCCCUCAUCAGAUACCGACUGUUUGAAUUUGAACAUCGCCGUUCCAAAUGACACCACAACAGACUCUCGUCUGCCGGUGUUUGUGUUCAUCCACGGUGGUGGGCUUUUCAUUGGUGCCAAUUCCUGGCCGCAGUUCGAUCUCGAGCGGUUGGUGGAGUUGUCUGCAGCGAAAGGGUUGCCUAUUGUUGCUGUGGCUAUUAAUUAUCGACUCGGUGUGUUUGGGUUUACGACCUCGAAAGAACUGCGGGAUGCAGGGUACAAGGCGAACAACGGGUUGAGGGACCAGAGGGUGGCGCUGGAGUGGGUAAGAAGACAUAUUGGUGACUUUGGAGGUGAUCCCGAUAAUAUCACUCUUGCGGGGAUGAGCGCGGGCGCUGCGUCGGUUGCGUGUCAUCUCGAGGCGGAAACGCCGCUUUUCAGAAGAGCUAUCAUGAUGAGUGGGAAUCGUUUCUUCUCGCCUAGUCUGGCUUACGAGGCCCAUGAGGAAAGAUACGAGCAGAUAAUGGCAGCGUUGGGAUUGACGGAUGCUUCCCUGGAACAGAGACUUAGUGUCUUGUUGAAUACGCCUGGUGAAGAGUUGGUCGCGAAGGUUCCUCCUUCCAUUGCUCCGGCUUUCGCUCUGGAUGGAGACCUGGUUCCAACGGCGAUAACCUACGCACAGCUGGGGGAUAGAACUAAUCGAGUGCCUAGAGGCAAGGAUUGGUGCCGCGAUAUAAUGGUUGGAGAUGCACAGAUUGAUGCCAACAUCAUCCACGUCCUUAAGUCUCAUCUUAAACAAGCGUGUGCUGAGCGCUUCCUUCACGCGCUCGCAACCGUGCUUGCGGCGCAGCCAGAAGUCGCUGGCCAGAUCGCGGCCGACUACGGCAUACGCACGGACUCGGAUGACGAUGAAGCCUUCCUUGCCAUUCUGGAGUUCUUGAAUGACGUUUGGAUGUUCGCGCCAACGUUGGUGGCAGCGCAGGGCUGGAAAGGACGAGCAUUCGUCUACUACUUCAAUGAAGGCAACCCAUGGAACGGCGCAUGGAAGGGUCGAGCAGGGCACAUCCUAGAUCUUGCCUAUCUUUUUCAGAACUUUCGCGAGUUCAUGUCACCCGCACAGCAGAAAGUAGGUCGUGCGAUCGCAGAAGACUUCUCCAAGUUCUGCCAUGGUAUCAAGCCGUGGCCUGCAGUUGCCGACGGAGAUCUCGAGGCCGGAUUCACUGCUCGAGUAUACGGCCCCAGCUCUGCGGAGCCUCCGUGUCAAAAAAUCAGCCGACCUUUCGGUGGAAAGAGUCAACGCAGGUCCACGAUCUUCGAUCUCCCUGCCACGGUGUCUCUUGACGAUCUGUCGAGAGUUGCUACCAUGUUCAUGACUGUGUCAUGACUGUGCAAUAGAUGACACCCGGCCUUCUGUACAUAGCCUGCAACGAUCAGAUACUAUAUAAUGUGAAUCACUAGUUCUAUCGCUACCGCUACAAUGCAAACGAUGCCCCAACUCCAAUUCCACGAGGUAUAAUACUGGUAGCCAACCUCAGCCCGACUGAAAG